AGCGCUUUGAGUCUAUCUCGGACCAUAGUGUUUUCCAGUGGCUUUCGGUGUGUUUGCGAAAAGUGUAUCAGCAAGGAGCGAAAUAGGCUGGCCGCGUGACACAAAACGAUCGCCGCAUAUUAAGCUCGAGCGGAGGAAGAACGAGAAGGAAAAUCAGGCCGCGGGCGUGUUUACGUGCGCGACCGACAGUCACACACUCGGAUGGUAGUGAACACCGCGAACUGAGCAAGGGCCCUGUUAUCACUGGCCAAGUGCAGCGCACACAGUGAGCUAGGUGAGCGCCGAGCAGUUUGAGCCGCGCCAUUCCCCCACCUGUUGCCGCGGUGCUCAAACGUCAUUAUCUCUCGCGGCGCUGCCCGCAACUUUCCAAGCUUGCAUUUGCUCGAGAAAAGCACGACCUCAUUUUCAAAAAACGCAGAAGGGCCUUCCUCACAAAACAUUUACAAUGUUUUUGAAAAACUUGAUUUUCGCAUUUGUUUUGGUACCGGUAAUUUGCAGACCCAAGGAGAGAAAAAUAAGAAUGGGAGUGUCCGCCGAAAACUGUGACAAUGGUCGAAAGAAUCUCCAUGUAGACUGGGACCAAAGUAAAGUGAACUACACAUGCUACGAGAAAAACCCUUAUCCCGUCCUAGCCGCCGCUCCAGUUGAAGAAUGCUUUGAGAAAAAGAGAUUCAAACAUAAAUGCAUGAACGUGCCGAUUAGCUACAAUGACUCAGAGCCCGUUUAUGGAAAUCACAGACCUUUGUGGGCAGUGUAUGGAGAAUACAGAUUUCUUCCCCCGCAAAGGUGGCUGCACAAUCUUGAGCAUGGAGGAAUCGUGAUGCUGUACCACCCAUGUGCAUAUUCUUCUGAAGUUGAAAAACUUCGUCAGAUAGUGAAAAAGUGCAAUUCAAGGCACAUCAUUACUGCCCACAAUCUUUUGCCCGCAAAAACUCCUCUUGCAUUGAUUGCUUAUGGAUGUCGGCGUUACAUGUCGCAUUUGGACAAGGAGGGCGCAGUGAAAUUCAUCCAAGAUCACGCACACAACGCAAUCGAGAAUAAUGAAUUUAGAGAAGGCCAGUUUGAUGUUUCUCUGAUCGAGCCUUCUUUGAACCUCUCACUUAAUCUCAUUCACAACAACACUGACUUGUGCGUCGGAAUGUGAAACUGAUCUCAAUCAGUGAUUUGUAAAAACUCAAAUAAAAAUAAAUUCACUACAAAUUUCAUUAAUAAAAAAGAAAUCAUGCAACCUCAAAAAGAUAUAAUUUCAAAUAUUUUCUAUAAUAAAUUCAUGUUUUUUGUUUUAGAUUUAAAAGAAAAUUAAUAUGAGGCUCUUAAAUUCACUUUUCAUCUAAAGCACUAAAAACCUGCUGCAACCAAUACAAUUUUAUUUUUUGUUAAAUAUCAAGACUAUUUUAUGCCUUCUACUGAGAAAUUUAAAUAAUCGCUCAUUAUUACAAUUAUCCCUUGGAAAAGG